ACCUGCAAUGGAAACACGAAAGGAAGAGAUCCCAAUAUGUUUUGAUUACAAUAAGGAACUGCCAUAUCCAACAAAUAUGAAGUGACAUAUUAUCAUUGAAUGUGCAAACAACAUACGUGCCGAUAUUCACAGCAUGAAAAAAGCAGAACAGCAACAGCAGCAGGGCAUGUGUCGGCAUCGCGCGGGAGUGAUAAUUGGCUGAAUAUAGCGCCGUUUCUAACUAUAGUUAUGGGAAAUGCGCUGAAACGAAUUGCAACAAAGCCAUUUCGAAGUUUUAACAUUGAGAAUAGAGCACGGCGAGCAAUUGAAAGGAAGAAACCUAUUCAGGCUCCUCGACACUCCGGUUUCAAAGAUGCGACACCUCCCGAAAUGCAAGCUGAAGUUCUAAAAAAAAUUACUGCCAAAAAUGCUGCACUGCAUCAACGACUUCACGAUGUUCGAGUGGUUUCGGAAGGGAAAAAUGUCUGUAUCCAAAAAAGCCGAAAACUUCCGGAAGCGCGGAAAAAGCCUAUUGACCCCGAGUUUGGUUUUUUUGAACCAAGCUAUAUUCCCAAAGGCAGAAUCAGCCUUUCAAAGGCAACGCAACUACUUAAAAAGCAUGCCAGUGAUCCUUCAAAAUACCAAGCUUCUCAGGCCGCAAGCGACUACAAUCUCGAACUCAAGGACGCGCAGAAUAUAAUUAAGUAUUUCAUCCCAAUGAGAAUGUUGGACCCAGAUGAUAAGGAGAGUCUUAAUAAAUUUAUUGAGGAACAAAAAAAAUACUACCAACGCUUAGAUGCUGAGAAACGAAACAAGCUUCCCUCUGAUUAAAAAGAUAGUUUCAUAAAAAAAAUGUUUUAUUUCAUAGAAAAAUCACAUUAAGCGAGGUGUCUGUGUUUCAAUGACCGUGCUGAUAUUACUGUUUUUUUCCAUAUACAUGUAUAUAUACGUAAGAAAUUAGGUGGCGGUGUUUAGAUUAAUUGUCAAUUAAUGCGUUAGUUUUCUGACGGCUUUUUAUGGAAUACUUUACCUUCAGUGUCAUAAAAUUUGCAUCCUGUUAGCGUAUUAAAUCCUUCACAUCUGGCCACGCAAUUAUCAUUAUCACACACCAUCAAUGUCUUGAGUAUUAUCUGGCACGAUAUCUUUGCUCGUACUUAACUGAUCCAAAUUUGAAUACACUGAACUCUUUUAUAAAAAUUAUAGAGAAAAAAGAUUUCUAUAACCACGCGUACCGUCAAUGUUGUAUUAAUGGCCUCAAAUUAAAACAACGGUAUGCUUUCCUUAAAAGCUACAGCGGCAAAAGUAAUUUUUUUGUUCAGUAGUUUAUUGCUAACUAUUGUUUAUUAUCAAUCCUUUUUUAGCUUUUAGUUUAAUUGGUAAUAACUUCAUACGGCUAUUUAAUUGAUAACCUUUAUAAUUAAUCGAAGGUACUAUAGCUGUGGCGUUGUUUUCAAUUAGAGGUUUAAUCAUUUAACUUUAAUUCACGUCACUACGUAUAGAAACGGUCGUAUCAUUAACGCGAAAGGUCCGCAUACAAUUGCUUUCAAUUGAUCACUUUAUGAGAUCAAUCUGCAGUUUAAACUACCUACUAGUUCGGAGUCUAAAGAACGUGUGAGUUAGGAAAUCAAAUGUUAUCAGAUCUCAUUCUAUUAUGCAGAACCAUAUAUUUCUUUGAGCUUUGUUUCUUUGUAUUCAGUUCAUGUAUAUGUAAACAGCAGGAUAGGAUAAGAGUUUCGGUUGGUGAAAAUCAGUCCCAAAAUAUUUGUGGAAGAAAUGCUUUAGGAUUACGUAUUUCUAACAAAAACAAAAUUCAGUCAAAUAAUGAAGAAUAAUUGCAUUGAAGUACGUCUCACCCUUUUAUUGGCAAAAGGCCUCUUAUUUUCUAGUUGACUAUCUAGGCAGAAGAACAAUAAGCUAAGUUUGUGAGGGAAUAUUUUUAUUUGUUAACUGAUGUAAGCUUUUAUUUUUCUGCAGUGACUUGCAAGCGUACGGUAUAUUUUUCGACAAUCAUGGCCUGUAGUUUAGCUUCUUCUGUAUUGGCUUACUCGCAAAUCGAAACAUUCAUAUCUACCUAUUUUUAUGAUAUACUAUAUGACAUUUAUAUUGUUACUGUAGGAAAGGGUUCCCUCGUACGAUUCGAUCGAGUUAUUAACGUAGGAGGUAUCCGCUACAGAAAAUAUUUUUGAUUUUCCGCUCAAGAAGACGAUUACGAUUGAUUCGUUCUGAAGAGCAGGCGCAGUUGCUCGCAAAACUAUAGGAUAACAAACAACCUCAUUCCCUUUGUCGUUUCAAUCAUUGAAGUUGUUUCGCUUUUUGUGUUAUAAGCCUGACUCUAAAGGUUACACUAAAUUGUCUUUUGUAUGAAAGUUUGAAAGUUACAAUGAUCAUUAUUUUUCCUUGGAGCUUAUGGUGGGCUUCUAUUAUAAACAGUAUGACGAUGUGUAUCACGAUACCUAAAUAUUUUUUACCAUUUGUGUAUGUCGUUUAUGUAUUUAUCUACUAAUUAAUAGAUUUAUCAUAGUGAGAUACUUUCACAGUAUAUCCUAGUAUGCAUGCUUCUGAAACCGAGACUUUUUUGAAAACGCGAAUUGUUAACAAGUGUAGCGUCUUCAUUCUAUAGAAACUGUUGCAUAACUAAUUAUAUAUUGUAUUGUAUCAGCAAUACAAACCCGUAAUAUACCGAACUAUAAUCGAUAUGUGUUGUCGUUGAUUAUAUGUCAAGCUGUUAAAUUAUUACAUUUUGGUACGAUCAUCAAUUGCUGUGUUCCACGUCGCUGGAACAUUCUAUAGUUUUUCCACUACGUCCACUAAAUUAUUACCUAUGUAAUUCCAUUUACUUCGCCGGGAAUAUCAUACGAAACGCUGACUAGAUGCUUUACUCCGGACAAGAACGUAUCCUUAUGAGCUGCUAAAAACACGUUAAAAGCUGACUGUUUUCCUUGUAUGUUUCAAAAUACGGGAUAUUCCUUUUGGAAUUUUUCUAUCCAACAUGUUGUUUGUUUCACAGCAUAAUAGAAACCAACCUGAGAUUUACAAGGCCUAUCUCCAAUAUCAUCACGUGUAAAUUUGUAGCAAGCUAUAGCUUAAUAUAAUAAGACGCCGAUUAAUCUAAUAAGAUAGAUCAGUAGAGUAUAAUUAGACCCGUAUUCCUCAAGAAAGCAGAUCAUUGUCGGAUCCUGUGGACCAUUUUUCUUUGAUAUCGUAUUAACUCGCUAUUUUCUUUUGCUGCUUUAUUGUGACAAAGAUUCCCAACCUCGUUACUUCGGAACAUGUGGCGAGCCAAUACGAGUUGCGAUGUACACACAAUACUAUUCGUGAUAGAUCGAUAUUUACAUUCUAUGUAUAUACACAGAUGUUCGAGCCCUGUGAAGAAAGUAAUUACCUUACUUUGACCUCCCCCCC